AUGUUCAAGCCUUCUCUCAUCAUUCUUCUUCUUGUUAUUCUCGCUCUUUUGAGCAGCUUCUCGAGUGCAUCAAUUGCAAAUAUUCAUCAGAAGAAAUGUAUGAAGAAGUUGGCAUCGUACGCAAGCUCCGUCUGCGAUGGACCUCAUUUGGUUGCUGAUAAUGUAGAAGAAAUCAUUCUAAACGCCUGCCUCAACCAAGUUGACCUCGACACCUUCAUCAGUCAAAUUUGCCCAUAG